AUGCUGAACCCUAUACUCUACCACAAAGGCGAUGAAAUUGCUACUGCACCAUGGGCGGAUGUGGCUCAGGUUGUUAAGGAGCCCCUUUGCUCUGUUUUCGUGAAGAGCCCGCUGUCUUCAAAUAGUGAGGUUGGUAUGAGCCCUUGGUCUUAUGGGUAUGGAAGGAAAGGUUUAAAGAUCUCGACUCAUACCUUCCAUUUCGAGAUCCAGAGCAUCCACUUUCAAUUCGGAGAACCAUUUCGUGAGAGGGAAAGAACCAUCUAUCAUUGGUUUGUCAACCACAGCCGAUAUAGGGAAGGCAUCGAGUCCAUCUAUUCAUGGGAUGCUAUCCCCUGCCUGAACCAACCUUUAAAGUCAGUAGUCGAUCCGGAGCUUUCUCGUGCCGGGGUAAGAGAUAGCAAAACUGCUGAUACUCCACUUUCGCGUCAAUGCGAUCCUGCUACUGUAGUGGAAUUAACUGAUACUAGGAAAGCAACUGCUACUUCUUCUCCAGGAGAUGGAACAACAGCAACUAGUGAAUUGACUGUCAUAUGCCUCUACUGCAACAGCUAUUACAUAACCUUUGACUUUGAACUCCCCCUUGGAAUGCUUUCAGCUAUUAUAUUUCCAGCUGAAGAUGGAACUACUAAAAGAAGUAUAAUAGAGUUUGCUAAUAUGACCAUAAGAGAGUUCUCUCCUAUUGAGAACUCUUUCGUUGUACUGCUACUAGGCGUUUAA